AGGGAGGGAGGCGGCGCGUCACGUCCGGCGGCGGCAGCAGCAGCAGCAGCAGCCGCCGCAGCCCCAGCCCGCCCGCCCGCCCCAGCAGCUCCCGCGGCUCCGACCCCCCGGCCUGCCCCGGCGCCGUCUCCGCCCUGCAAGGAGCCUGCCUUGGGCUGCUUGGCCUGACGAGAGGCGCUGCAGGGCCCUCCGGCGCGUGAGGGCGGCGGGUCCGAAGUGCCGCGCUGUGACCGCUGGAGACUCUGGGGAAGAGGCGAUGGCGUCGGAGCAGACCAAGGAGGAGGAGGAGGAGGUCGUGGUGGUGGAGGCCAGGGAGAGCGCUCCUGCCCAGCAGCCGGCCUCACCUGGUCCGGGCCUGCCCGAAGAAGGACCUGCCCGCUUGCCUCUCAGCACAAGUGAUUUUUCCAUUCCCCCCCAUGAUUGUCUCGCUCUGUCUGCCGCCAACCAUUCCUGUCCACCAGUGAAUGAGGACUGGGAAGAGGAGCAUGUGGAGGAAGCCAAAAGGGAUGCCGAGGCAGCAGAGAGCGGGACCGCCUUGCUGGCCCCCCAAGACCAAGCCGCUUCAGAAGAGCCUUUGCCUAGCCUUGCUGAGCUCCCCUUGCAGCCUCAGGCCUGCCUCUCAAGUGAGGAGCCCCCUUUGCCUGACUCGGACCAUGCUGUGGGAGAAAAGAGACCCUCCUUGUCUGGGGAAAGUCUGCUGGUGAUGGCUCCGCUGCGUCUGCAGGCAGACCGCUCCGUGGACCAGGCUGAUGCCGUCCUUAACUGCUCCGAGACUGAGCUGGGAUCUCUGAUCUUGCAGCAUGGCAGGCGGCGGAAUGGGUGCCCAGACCUGGAAGACACGCCUAGGGCAGCAUCGCCCAGCGAUGGGGGAAGCCAGCAUCAAGAAGGCUCGCCUCCCAAGCCCUCCCAGAACAUCGCAGUGCAGACAGACUUCAAGACGGCCGACCUGGAAGUGAACACUGAUCAAGAUAUUGAAAAGAACCUGGACAAAAUGAUGUCUGAGAGGGCUUUGCUGAAAGAGCGCUACCAGGAAGUGCUGGACAAGCAGAGGCAGGUGGAGAAUCAGCUCCAGGUGCAGCUGCAGCAUCUCCAGCAGCGGAGGCAGGAAGAGAUGAAGAACCACCAGGAGAUUCUGAAGGCUAUUCAGGAGGUGACUGUUAAGCGGGAAGAGACCAAGAAGAAGAUGGAAAAGGAAAAAAAGGAAUUCUUGCAGAAGGAGCAGGAUUUGAAGGCCGAAAUCGAGAAGCUCUGUGAGAAAGGCAGGAGGCUGCUGAAAGAACAAGAGGAGAAGGAGAACAAAAUCGUCUCGCUCAUUGCUGAGCAGUCCGAGGAGAAGGAGGCCUGGGAGAUGGAGUUGGACAAGCUGAAGAACCAGCACAAUGACAUCAACAGGUCCAUCCUGGAGGAGACGGAGCGAGCCUGGAAGGCAGAGAUCUUGUCCCUGGAGAGCAGAAAGGAGCUGCUGCUGCUGAAACUGGAAGAGGCCGAAAAGGAAGCCGAGCUGCACCUCACCUACCUCAAGUCAGCGCCCCCCACGCUGGAGACCAUCCGGCCCAAGCAGGAGUGGGAGGCGAGGCUGAGCACCAUCCGGAUGACCAAGGAGAGCGUCCGGGAGCAGUUCAACGACCACAUCCAGCUAGUACGCAACGGGGCCAAGCUGAGCAGCCUUCCCCAGAUCCCCACGCCCCCCCUGCCGCCACCCCCGCUGGAGACAGACUUCCUGCUGCCCGCCUUCCCGCCCCCCAACGCCUCCCUGGCCCCCCGGCUGCCCUUCCCCCUUGGGACCGUCCCGAUGGUCAUGCCCAGCGCGGACCCCCGAGUGCUCUCCUUCCCUCUCCGGAACCCUUCCCUCUCCAGGCCCGGCCAGCCCUCGCCCCCCCUGCCCACCUCCCAGGGCAGGAACAGCCCCGUGCUGGCCUCUCUGGCCGGCCCCCGCCUGGCGCCCGCGGCUUCCCUCCCUCCCCCGCCGGGCCUGGGCGGAGUCAAGGCCGCCGCUUCAGAAUUCCACAGACCGCCGCCCCCCGUGGACAAGCUGGAGAAGAUCCUGGAGAAGCUCCUGAUGCGAUUUCCCCGGUGCACUAAGGCCCAGCUGACCAACAUCCUGCAGCAGAUCAAAGCAGCCCGAAGGACCCUGGCGGGGCUCACCAUGGAGGAGCUGAACCAGUUGGUGGCCGCCAAGCUGGCAGAACAGCAGGAAAGGGUGGCAGCCGUUGGCACGCAGCCUCUUGGCCGAAUCCGCUCCCCCCUCUUCCCUGCUCCUCUGCCUCAGAUCAACAACCCCCUGUUUUUGCCACCUGCUCAGGUCUCCUACAGCGGGACGCCAGCCCAGGCAACCGCAACCUGCAAACUGUGUCUGAUGUGCCAGAAGCUGGUCCAGCCCAACGAGCUCCACCCCAUGGCCUGCUCCCAUAUUCUGCACAAGGAGUGCAUCAAGUUCUGGGCUCAGACCAACACGAAUGACACCUGCCCCUUCUGCCCCACGCUGAAGUGACCAGCUGGUGGAGGAGGAGGAGGAGGACAGCAGGACUCACCCGGGAGGGAGGAGCACUUGGCCGAGGCCGGAGGCAUUCCAAGAUUUCUACAGCUCUAUAUUUAUAUGGCCUUGUAUACACAUGUACAUUUUUAUUCUAUAGGGAAUGUGUGUAUAGAAAGUCUGUAUACAGACCAGUUCAUAAUAAAGUGUGUAUAUUAUGCAGA